UUUGUUACAAAAUUUGUUUGUAUAAAAUUUUUUAGAUCCUGUUCUAAAAAAUGCAUAAAUUUGUUAUAAAAUGUGCGCGUACGUGAUGCGCACGCGGUUCGGCGUUUCGUAGGUGACAUAUCACAUAACCUAUCUAAUUUAAUUUCAAUUAUUCUCAUUUUGGGCGUUUUUGCGAAAGAACGAGAGCGGUUUAUUUAGUGCUAAAUUACGAAUUUGCACAAUGUCAUGGUCGCGGGAGCAAUGUGAAGUGCUGAUAGAUGAAUAUCAAAGACAUUCCUGUUUAUAUGCAGUAAAAUCUGCACAGUAUAAAAAUAAACAUUCUAGACAGAAUGCUUUACAGCAAAUUCAAGCAGUCUUGCAACCCCUUAAGCCGUCUGUUACCAUCAACGAUAUCAAGUUAAAAUUUAACGGACUGAAGAAUAAUUUUCUCACAGAAUACAAGAAGUGGAAUCGCAGCCGCCGUAGUGGAGCAGGUGAUGAAGAUGGUGACGGGAUUUACAAACCAACAAUUUGGUAUUUCAACCGAAUGUUCUUUUUGUUAGAACAUGUCGAAGUGCGGCAGGCCGUGGAUAGCUUAAUCGCAGAAGAUGACACACCGCAGGUAGGCGACGAGGAGAUAGUAACAUCAGAGUACUAUGUGACAGAAGAUGGUAGUCUCAACGAUAUUACUAAUACAUUGGACACGGGAUCGAGUCAAGUUCGCGACUCCCAAUUGAAUUCACCAAAUCUUUCUCGUCCUAUUUCACCGGUAAAAGACGUAGAUGGUGCUACUCCAUCAAAACGACUGCAAUUUCAAAAGAAAAGAAAACGAGAAACAAUUGAAGAUAAUGUAAUGCGUGAAGCAUCUAGUGCCUUAGCAUCAAUUUCAUCAACAAUGCAGCAAAGUUUUGUACAAAACGUAGAUGAAGAUGAGGCAUUGGCUCAAUUUAUAGUGUCGAAGUUAAAACGAAUUACUGAUACAUCCAUUCGUUUGCAGACAGAAGAAAAAAUUGUACACACACUGUUUGAUGCCCUAAAAAAAUGUAACAAUUUGUAGUAUUUAUUGUUAAUA